AUGUCUUCAAAUGAAAUAGAAAUGGAUAAAAACGAGGAUGCUAUACCAGAUAACACAUCUGAAGAAAACACUGAAGAGAACGAGAAAGUAGCGCUUUCUGAAUAUGUAUCUAACCUAGAAAUGAGAAUAAAACAAAAAUCCGAAUUGCGAAAUCAAAACUUAAACUGUGUGCGACCGCCGGAUAAUUAUUUUUCUAAAUUAGAUUCUGGCCUGAAAAAAAAUACAACUUUUGUAAAAAAGUUAAAGACUUUUAGCGCAACGCAAGUGGAUACGCUUUUGAAGGAUUUAGGGGCUCUUAAUCUAACAAAAUACAUUUCAGAAGUGGCAGCAGCUAUAGCAGAAGCGAAGCUUAAGAUGUCUGAUAUCUCUGCAGCGAUAAACCUUUGCUCUGUCUUACACAAAACUUACUCUGAAUUUGCAACAAAUUUUUUUGAAAAUUGGCAAAAGAUUUUGACUUUUAAAGCAACAGACAAAAUUACAAAUUCUUCAAAAUUAAGAGUAGACUUAAGAUUUUAUGCUGAACUUAUUGCUGUAGGAAUAUUUACUAAUAAAACGGGCCUUCCAUUACUUGGAAAUGUUCUUACAGUUCUAAUAAACAUGGAUAAAGAAGAACACAAUAAUAUUCCAAUAUUAUUGUCAUUCUGUAAACAUUGUGGAGAAGAUUAUGCUGGUCUAGUACCAAAGAAGAUUAAAGAUACUGCAGAGAAAUUGAAUGUACCUAUACCAAGGAAUACAUUUUUACCAGCAGAAAAGCAAACUGCUGUCAGAUCAUUGCUUAAAGAUUAUUUCUCCUCUCUUACUAAACACUUGCUGGCUGAAAGGGCUCAACUUCAAGCUCUUCAUGCAGCUAAUCAGAGGACCUUACAUACUAGAGGAGAAUUGUCUCAAGAAAGAAAAGACCAGUUAGAACAGCACCAGGCAACCUAUGAUAAAUUGUUAACCGGAGCACAAAACUUUGCUGAAGUUCUUGGUGAAGAAUUAGGGGAGGCUGGGGAGCCUCCUACUUUGUCACUUACAGUAAUUGAAACCCAAGGCACAGUGACUAUAGGGGGUAAUGAAGAGUUUAUAAUGCAAGCAGGUACUGACCCUUGGCAAGAUGAAGAUACCAGAACAUUUUAUACUAGUUUGCCAGAUUUGAAGGUCUUCAUGCCAAAUUCCCAAAUGAAAGAGACUGUAAAAAGUAAAACGGAGACUGUAACUGAAGAAAUGUUAGAUGAAGAUUUGAAGGAGGAUGAACUUAGUGAUAAUGAAGAACCACCAGUGGUACCUGAUGUGGAGCAAGAAGAAGUACAGCCUUCAAAUAUAUCUAAUAAGUAUGCUCUUGAUGCCUUUUUGAAUGAACUGCCCAACUGUAUAAACAGAGAACUUAUAGACAAUGCUGCUGUAGAUUUUGUAUUAAAUCUGAACACAAAAAAUAAUCGAAAAAAAUUGACAAGAGUUUUGUUUAGUGUUGCAAGAACAAGACUUGACUUACUGCCAUUUUAUUCAAGAUUUGCAGCUAUAUUGUACCCUGUUCUUCCUGACAUCUGUGUAGAUCUUUGUGCAAUGUUGAAGCAGGAUUUUAAAUAUCAUGUCAGAAAAAAGGAUCAAAUUAAUAUUGAAUCUAAGAUUAAAGUGGUCAGGUUUAUUGGAGAAUUAGUAAAAUUUGGCCUUUACUCUAAAAUAGAAGCAUUGUUUUGUCUUAAAGUUCUUUUACAUGAUUUUAAACAUCACCAUAUUGAAAUGGCAUGCAACUUGUUGGAAACUUGUGGUCGGUACCUGUACUGCAAUCCUGACACACAUCAAAGAACUAUGAUAUAUUUACAACAAAUGAUGAGAAAAAAGACAGUUUCAGCUUUAGAUUCUCGAUACGUAACUCAAAUUGAGAACGCAUUCUAUUAUGUCUGCCCUCCAGAGGCUCCUGCACAGCCCAAAGAGGAAGAACCUCCAAUGCAUCAAUUUAUAAGAAAAAUUCUCCAUGAAGAUUUACAAAAAAGCAAUGAAGAAAAAAUAUUAAGACUAAUGAGAAAAUUGAAUUGGGAUGAUCCAGAGAUUUCAUCUGUAGCAAUACAACAUUUAGCUGGGGGAUGGAGGGUUAGAGCUAGUGCGCGAAGAGCUUUAGCACGUUUAACUGCUGAGCUUGCGGCGUGGCAAGAAACAGUCGCGCCGGCAGUCGUUGACACCAUUUUGGAAGAAAUACGGGUGACCAUGGAAGACCCCCAUCCAAGAUACAACCAGAGAAGAAUUGCCACUGUGAGGUAUCUCGGUGAGCUCUACAACUAUAAGCUUCUAGACUCACGAGAUGUUUUUACGGUUCUUUACUCAUUCAUCACAUUUGGUGUUACUAAUGAUCACAGCAGCGUUUCCCCAUUAGAUCCACCAGACAAUGUGUUCAGAAUAAGACUAGUUUGUGCGCUGCUAGAAACGUGCGGAGCAUACUUUAAUAGUGGAUCAAGCAAAAAGAGACUAGAUUAUUUCUUAGUGUUCUUCCAAAAUUACUACUGGUUUAAAUGUUCCGAUCCAUUUUGGACGGAAGACAAUAAGUUUCCAAUAUAUGUGAAAUAUAUAUACCAAGAGUGUUUGACAAGUUUAAGACCAAAAUUAACUUUAUUUACAAGUUGGCAGCAGUGUAAAGAUGCUAUUGAAGAGAUUAGACUGACUUUAUACCCUGAAUUAGGUGAUGAAGAACAGUAUGACAAUGAUGAGCAAGGUGAAGACAGUACAGCUGAUGGCUUAAACACUAUAAUUGAAACAGAUGACGAAACUGACAACCCAACUAUGCAUGAAGAAAGUUCAGACGAAGAUCCUAUUACAGAAAAUGCUGGCAAUGAUGAUAACGAUGUUCAAAAUGAUGAAAUAACAACUGAACCGCGGAGACCUACACCUAAGCCGGUGGAGGAUGUAGAAUUUGAAUCAGCAUUUGAAAAAAUGGUAAUGGAAAAUAUUGCUGAAAGACAAAGAGAAAAUAGGCCGCAACAAAGGGAUAUUGCUGUACCGAUGACGUGUAGGCAAACAACGAAAAAAACUUAUGAGCAGUUGUUGCAAGGCAAAGAAGGCGUGGAAUUUGUGCUAAUGGUUAGAAAAGGUACUAAGCCACAGUACAAAUCUUUUAAUGCACCUCCUGAACUAGCCAGUAACCUGCAACAACAGGCUUUAGCUGACAAACAAGAAAUGGAAAGAGUAAAACGUUUGACAUUAAAUAUAUCGGAACGGCAAGAAGAAGAAGAAUACAGUGCAGAGAGUGGAGGUGGAUCUGGAGGUAGUGGCAACCCUAAUAGAGGACAGCAUGUUCGCCAAAAAUAUCAACAUCCUAAAGGAGCACCUGAUGCAGAUCUUAUUUUCGGACCUAAAAAGUUUAAA